AUGGAAUUAGAAGCCAUUCAGUUGGAAGAAGCCCAUGUUCAUAAUGUUUAUAAGCAAACAGCACCAUACUUCAACGAACUCCGAAGUAAGGCAUGGCCCAGCGUCCGACAGUUUCUCCUGGACCAAGAACCAGGCAGCCUUAUCGCUGAUAUUGGUUGUGGAAUUGGAAAGUAUCUUAAUGUUAACAGCCAGGCUUAUAAGCUGGGCAGUGAUUAUUGCAGCCCCUUGGUGGAAAUUGCCAAAAGACAUGGUCAUGAAGUCCUGGUUUGUGAUAACCUAAUUCUUCCGUUCAGGGAUCAGUGUUUUAAUGCAAUCAUCUCUGUUGGAGUGAUUCACCAUUUCUCAACAAAAGGCAGGCGUAUACGAGCAAUAAAAGAAAUGACAAGGACUUUGCACCAUGGAGGACAGAUGAUGAUUUACGUGUGGGCAAUGGAACAAAAACACCGCCAUUUUGAAAAACAGGACAUCUUUGUUCCUUGGAACCGAUCCUUGUGUUCUCGACCGUCAUCAGAGUCUGGUCAAGGCCACAACAAACCCAUAACUGCGAACACAGUCAAAGCACAAGAUAAAGAUCAAAUGAAAACAGAUCCAACUGAGGCCAGUGCAAUGUUGUCUCUCAGGCAGGAUCAACACACAAUACUUUCAUACAGAACUAACAACCACACCUUGUUAGAAAAUUGCUGCUCCAGGAUGUCUGAAGAUCAAGAGCAUCCAUUUUACAAGAAUCUAGGUAAGUCACUUUGUUCAUGGUUCUUUUCUAAAUCUCUUGACGAGGCUGCAAUGCAGACACAUAUUGAUCACUUUAAAUCAAUGAGGAAAUCACCAGAGGUCAUCCACAAGUGGAAGAACAACCUACAGCCUGUGGGGAACUUGGGUUUACCUUCUAGGCACUGCAGUUUGGAUGGGGAUUGUCCACCAUUAAUGAAGAGAGACAGUUUUGAAGAUGAAGUAUUCACUGAAAAUCCAAACCAUAAAGAAUCACAAUGGUUAGAGAACAGUUUGAAAGAAAAGCAAGGGAGCCAUCAAAGCAAAUCCUGUAGACAAGAGAUCCUAAAUCCAUAUCAGGCUAACAGACAGAUUUUUCAGAAAAAUGAUGAAGCAACAAGAUCCAAGGAAAGUACAAGUUAUUUUAAGAGGACAUCCACCACAGAGUCACCAGAUUCUGGGAUUGACAGUACCAGAUCUGUGGCUUUGGAUGAUAAGCAGGAGGAAUUUGCAGAUGCUACAGAAUUAAUGAGAUAUUAUCAUGUCUUCAGGGAAGGAGAAUUGGCUCAGCUAAUUGAAGAAAAUGUACAAGAACUUCACAUCCUCAAUUCUUCUUAUGAUCAUGGCAAUUGGUGUAUUAUAGCAGAAAAAGAAUGAUGCACCCAGAUUACAAA